UGUGAUCCGUCCCCUCUCUUCCCCCAAGCUCCCAGCCAGUGCCAAUCCUUUACCGCCUGUGAACCAGGUGUCUAGGGCCCACACGGGUCCCUUUCCCUGGAGUAGGCCACCGGGCUCCAUCACAGGAGCGAGCAUGGCGAGGCCGCAGGCAUUGCUUCUCAUCUGCUCCCUUCUGCCUGGGCUCCUGCUCUCAGAGGCAGGCAAAAUCCUGACUCUGUCCUUGGUGGGUGGAAGCCAUCAUCUACUAAUGGAUCGAGUGUCUCAGAUUCUUCAAGAUCAUGGUCAUAAUGUCACUGUGCUUCUUCAGAGAGCAAAUUUAUUGCUAGCAGGUUUUAAAGAGGAAGAAAAAUCAUAUCAAGCUAUCACUUGGCUUCCACCUGAAGAUUAUAACAAAGAAUUUAAGAAAUAUUUUGAUUUCUUUCUGAAAGAAGCUUUGGCUGGCAGAGACACAUUUGAAAACUUUUUAAAGUAUAUGGAACUACAGGGACUUCAGUGCAGUCAUUUGCUAAAGAGAAAUGAUAUCAUGGACUCUUUAGAGAAUGAGAACUUUGACCUGUUAUUUGUUGACGCAUUUGACUUGUGUUCUCCCCUGGUUGCUGAGAAGCUUGGGAAGCCAUUUGUGUCUGUUCUUCCCACCACGUUUGGCUAUAUGGACUUUGGACUACCAAGCCCCCUCUCUUAUGUGCCAGUAUUCAAUUCCUUGCUAUCCGACCGCAUGGGCUUCUGGGACCGAGUGAAGAACUUCUUGAUGUUUUUUGAUUUCUCUGUGAAGCAAUGGCAAACCCACUCUACAUUUGACAACAUCAUCAAGGAGCAUUUUCCUGAAGGCUCUAGGCCAGUUUUGUCUCAUCUUCUAAAGAAAGCAGAGUUGUGGUUUGUUAACACUGACUUUGCCUUUGAUUUUGCUCAGCCUCUGCUUCCCAACACUGUGUAUGUUGGAGGCUUAAUGGCCAAACCUGUUAAAGCAGUACCACAGGAAUUUGAGAAUUUCAUUGCCAAGUUUGGAGACUCUGGUUUUGUGCUUGUGGCCCUGGGCUCCUUGAUCAGCAAUUAUUCAUCCCAUGAGCUUCUCAAAGAAAUGAACAGUGCCUUUGCUCAUCUCCCUCAAGGGGUCAUAUGGAGGUGUAAGCCUUCUCAUUGGCCCAAAGACAUCAGUUUGGCAGCAAAUGUGAAAAUUGUGGACUGGCUUCCUCAGAGUGACCUUCUGGCUCACCCUCGCAUCCGUCUCUUUGUCACCCAUGGUGGGCUAAAUAGCAUCAUGGAGGCCAUCCAACAUGGUGUGCCCAUGGUGGGGAUUCCUCUCUUUGGAGACCAGCCUGAAAACCUGUUCCGAAUAGAAGCCAAAAAGUUUGGUGUUUCUAUCCAGGUAAAGCAGAUCAAGGCUGAAACACUGGCUCUGAAGAUGAAGCAAGUCAUAGAAGACAAGAGGUACAAAUCUACAGCAGUGGCUGCUAGCAUCAUCAGGCGCUCUCACCCCCUGACCCCCAGCCAGAGGCUGGUGGGCUGGACAAACCACAUCCUCCAGACAGGAGGUGCUGCACACCUCAAGCCAUAUUCCUUCCAGCAGUCGUGGUAUCAACAAUAUCUACUUGACGUCUUCUUGUUCCUGCUGGUGGUCACCCUGGGCACCAUGUGGCUCUGUGGGAAGCUGCUGGGCAUGGUGGCCAGGUGGCUGUGUGGGGCCAGGAAGCUGAAGAAGGCCUGAUGCCAAGUGUAGCCUGGGGUGGCAGUAUUUGGGGGGGGGUCACCGUUUCUUGGGAACCUCCCACCCUUUCUUGGGUUCUGGCAAGCUCUGUUCUCCACAUCGUAUCCACUUGCUAAUUGUGCUGCAAAUUCCUGCUCGCUGUUUUCUUCCUGUGAUCAGAUUUCUUUACUCAGCACUUGUGGCCUUCUUUAUUAGUGAGUCAGCCAAGGCUAGUCUGUGAUUCUGUCUCUGGGGCAUUUGGACCCAGUGGCCCUCAGACUUUAAGCCUUGAAGCCCUUCCUUAUCACGCCCCUCUUCCAGGCACUGAGCCUGAACCACUCUAGCCUCCAAGGCCAGUAUCUUCUGAGCCUCUUUCCCUCUCACCUGCCCCCACUACUUGUUAUGGAAUAACAGCUAAGACAGGCGCUUUCCUAAUUCUUUUAUUGUCUAUUGGCUUCUCCUCUAAACUCUCAUCAAAGCACAGGAAGCCUGUCCUGCGCAUGUGCCUUUAGGACGGAACCACCCUUGCAGGACCACCUUGGCUUCUGUCUUGGUUCCUGCACAAAGCUCCUUCUUUGCUGAUCAGGCAUGGAGCCUGCAGGUUGGUCAUGGGCUGAAGUGGCCUUGUUCUCUGUUUCACAGUGCUGAGCUGUCUUUAAAUUUUCCCAUUAAAAAAGUAAAGUCAUGAGAAAGAAGGUCAUUUGUCUUUAAACUAAGUCUUUUUUUGUGCUCCUUGAUAAGUGAGUCUUUCUAUAUGUGACAUACUCUUGGGAAUUGCAUCCACUUGAUAGUAACUGAAACCAGAAAAAGUGGCUGAAAUGCUUAGGGUUUUCUUUCAUCUUGUUUUUCUCAUGUAAAAGAGAUCUGGAGGUAGGCAGGCAGUCCAGGGCUGGAGUUGUAGCUCCAUGAUGUACUCAACAGUGCCCAUGUCUUGUUUGGUUGAUCUGCCUUCCUCUGCAGGGGUGUUUCAUCCUCAAGGUUGCCCUGGACUUUCAAGAAUGUCUUUUUGUAUCCAGCCAGCACCUGGAAAUUUGGGCAAGACAUGGGAAAAUUGGGAAAAGUGAAUUAAUCAGGUCCUUGCCAGCUGAGUCAGCCCUCAUUAAAGAGAUUUCCCAGACACUCCAGCCACCCAAAGACUCCACUUAUGUCUCGUUCACCAGACCUGAGUCCCGUGACCACUCCUAGCUGUACAAAAAUUCUAAGAAAUGUUCCCCAUCUCCAGCUGCUGGGGAGACACGUUAGAAACAUAAACAAAAGGCAAUGAAUAAUGAGAGGAAACUAGAGCCUUGGCCACAUGUGGAGGGCAGGCAGGGAGGGUCUGGAUUGGAUGUUUUGUUCCACCUGUGACCCUGUGACCUCAGGGAGAGUCUUACACCAACUGUAACUACCAUAGGUGGAAACUAGACCUUUUGGGGUGGUGAACAUGCAUAAUAGGAAGAGCAGUCCUUUACCAUGCUGAAGUAUGUUAUGUUUUCUGAGUUCUCUAAUUUUGUUUCUGCCAUUUAACUGGGUGGAUGUGUCUAAUCAGCCCACCCCAAAGAAGCAGGUACCAGCAGGAGGAACCACAGAUGGAGAGGGAGCCAACGUGCAAAUUGAGAUGAGAGCAAGAAAACCUGCUGCCCCCUCCAACCAAGGCACGUGGCCUGGGCAGUGGAGAUGGACUGGUUUUAGCUCCCACUGGUCCCUCUUGAGGGCAUCUUUUUGCAAUGAAUAACCUGCCCUACCACACGGUCAUCCCAGCUGGUGGACCCUCCCACCCAGGCUGAUUCCAUGCCCAUGCAUGCAGAGGGUGGUUUGAUUAGCUGGGGGAUUCUCUUGGGAUAUUUUGUUUAGGUGCACAUUUUGUCCCUAAGACCUAGGGAGGCUCCUUUGUCCAUGCCAGCCUUUAAAUUAGUUAAUCAUUUAUUUUUUAUAAGUCUUCAAGUGAAAUAUUCACAACUUUAGACACACAUAUGUCCAGAGUGGAUUUUCGAAAUUUUGUUCAAAUCAUCCCAAGAUAACAAUAAAUAAUAAUGAGAUAAUGCUUGUACUAGUGAUUCAGUCCUCGGGCUUUUUUUUUUUUUUCCACUAAUUAAAAAUCCACAAUGAAUUUUGGGAGAUCCUCUUGUGUUUUGGCAAAUGCAAAGAAGAGAAGCUUCCACAAACAAGGGCAGUGGACACCUCCAGGUGACAGGGACCCUCCCUUGUCUGUAGAUGAGAUUCUUGAAAGGGAUGGCACCCAGUGACCACUCUUCCUUUCUCAUUUUGAUUGAGCGGUUAGCUUCUUCUGUAUUCUACAGUGAUUUUACAAAUAAAGAAGCCUGCGAAUAUGACAGAAUAGAGUGCCCGAUGUCAAGACCAAAUAAUAGUUUAUUUCAUUUCACUCCUUCCCCUUGUUAUAAUUUCUGUCAGGGAAUUUUAUUGAGUUAGGCUUUUCAUUCCAUAUUCCUUUAGUGACCAUUUAUGAACUUCAUAUUGUCUCGGAUGAAAGAUACUGUCAUUGGGAAAUCAAUUACCCACCAGUUACAGAAAGCCUCAGCAGAGGGGCUUAAGUCAGUGGGCUCCAGCCUGGGCUGUCUGUGCCUUAAUGUGUACGUGAAGACCUUUCCCAAGCUGCAUGGCACAGAGCGUCUGGAGGCGAUAAAUCUUCACCUGUGUGUACUCUAGUUUCCUAACACUGGUCUGCCUAACAAUCUGCUGUGUUUGGGUGGUAGAGUUCUCUUUCCUGCCACACUUUUCACAAUUUCCUAACCCUUAUUUUACAAAAGAAAUGCAUGUCUUUCACCCCUCCCUAUUCUCACUAUGUUGCAUUGCCCCAGGAUGGAAAAACAGGGGUACCAAAUGGACAGUUAGAAAUGUAAUGACUGAGCAAGAGCCCUUUGUUAUUAAAGUGAUUUCCAAUUCUUCAUUUUUAAGAAAAUUCAAGAAUAAAUUGUGAUUUUUCAGCUGUUAGUCCAUUAAAAAUAA